GCGGUGUUCAGGGCUGAUGGAGUGAAGAUGCACACUGCCGUCACCCCCGUGUAGUGCAGGAGAGCUACAACCCGGUCGUGUUGAGCCCAGACACCGCGGACACGGUUGUCUUCCAGCAGAGCUGCAUGUUGUAGUCCGACACAAGAAGCCCGAUGUCUGUGGCGAAUGCGAAACACACGGUCCUGAACCCGGUGAUCCCAUACACAGGGCCCAUACCUGGAGGUAUGCACCCUGGGGAGAUCAUCAUCAUCCAGGGCACUGUGCCCCCGGAUGCUGACAGGUUCCAGGUCGACCUGUCAAGCGGCUGCAGCACCAAGCCGCGCUCUGACGUCGCCCUCCACUUCAGCCCUCGCUUCAAAGGCUCGCCCAGUGUGGUGUGUAACUCCCUGCUGCAGGAGAGCUGGGGCAAAGAGGAAACGCUCCAUCAGCUGCCCUACAAGCGCGGAGCGCCCUUCGAGACCAUCAUCCUGGUGCACGAAGACGCCUACAAGGUGGCAGUAAAUGGUACUCACCUGCUGGAAUACAAGCACAAAAUCCCACUAAACAGGGUGGACACGUUUUCUAUUUCUGGGAACGUCACGGUGCACGCUAUUGGCUAUAUCCCAAACUCGGCAAUAUAUUCAGAAUCGGGUGACUUGAGCCUCCCUUAUAAAGGCAGUGUACUCAAAGGACUGAGCCCCGGACAGCACAUCACAAUCAAAGGACAGGUCAGCAUGUACCCUCACAGUUUUACAGUGAACCUCCGCAACAGCAGGACGGAGAACAUCGCUCUCCACCUCAACGCUCGCAUGAAGUCGUGUGCGUUCAUCAGGAACUCGUACCUGAGUGAAUCCUGGGGACAGGAGGAGCAGGAGCUGCCCUUCUUUCCCUUUUCGUCAGGGGAGUACUUCGAGAUUCUCGUCCUCUGUCAGCCUCAUCAGUUCAAGCUGGCAGUGAACGGCUCCCACUUGUUUGAGUUCAGACACCGGGUGCAGGACCUGAGCAGCAUUGACCAGCUGGAGAUCAUGGGGGACCUGGAGCUCAAUGAUGUGAAACUGUGGUGACUUGGGACUCGAGACUUCCACGGAAGCCAGCGUUACAGAUGCUGUUGUGUUCUGGUUAUCGAUGCUACAUUAGCUUAGCCACAAUGACCCAAAAAAUGGAUGCUGAAAACGGCCAGUCCUGUACUGACCUCAGGUCAGGUUAGGAUUUGCAGCAACCACAGGUCACUGAUUUAAGAUAGUCUAGCAUUUUGGUGACCAAGGAGCAUAGACCGGCCCUUCCAUGGAGUAUUAUGGUCCAUGUUUCCAGCCCUGGCUCGACGACUGAUGCAUGAAAGUUAGCUGUGUUGGAGCAUCAGGCCGUGAGGCGCCACGAUCGUUUACAAGUCAAGUUUGCCUUGGUUGAAUUUCUUAUACCGCCUCUAGCCUCUGCUGUGAUACGCCCCUAAUGGACUGUAUAAUAAAACUGGAAAUAUUGCAAAUGUUAAUAAGCACGUGGCUUGGUUUAAAUGCCAAGACAAACAAUGAACUCAAUUGAAGGGCUCCAUGCUUUUGGAGCAAGGCCCGAUGUCGACUCAUUUAUUGUACAGAAAACGUUGAAACAUUUGUCAUUACUAAAUAAUUACUAUUUUAAGGGAGAAUUUUUCUUUUGAUCUAAUAGGACAUGCCUACUUAGGACACACCCACAUGUCUUUCACUCUUUAUUUUCUGCUAUAAAAGGUCAUAAUCCUCUGGAUUCUUUAACAUAUGAAAGCGUCCUGUGACAUUUAAAUCAAUUGAACAUAAUGGUCAAGCACAGUGCAGUACAGGUUCAGUUUAAAAUAUUAUUUCAAUAACCUAGUGAAUGACAUGUUGCAAUCUGUAUGCAAGCUGUAGAAUAUAGUAAAAUCCUGCAUCUGUGACCUUAUCUUGUCUCAAGGAAAAGAAAAUAUGGGAUAUUUAUUUCCCAAUGUCUUUUUUGCAUUGUCUGUUGUUGUAAAAUAUAUUAAAAAAACCUUGCCUAUGUAUCAUACAUGAUUUAUUAACAAAUAAAUGUGUUAUUAUAAUUCCACUGUU